GUUGUAAAUUGUAGUAGGUAGGUAAUUAUCAUUUUUGGUUAUGGUGCUCUAUGUCUUCUUUUAUGUAGAGAGACAACCGAUUCGUACGAAUGAUUAUUAUGCGGUCUGUGGUGUCUAGAAUCUAGAAAGUAGAUAAUCUAAAUGCUAUAAACGUCUGCCACUGUUGCCAGUUUACUGUUUUCGAUCUGAACCAUUUCAUGCGAAAUACAAAACAAUUGCUUUUAGUGGCUUCUCGAGCGACUACGAGUAUUGUGUUUAAUAUUCAUCAAUGACAAUCGACGGAGAGCUAUUUGACCGCCUGUCGCCGCUCUGACUGCAGCUCUUACGCAACCCACGCCGAUAAUUGUCUUCGUACUUCAACUGUUUAAGUGGGAGCUCAUCCGAAGUUUGGAACUACUAACCGGGGUCCGGUCAUUUCAAUUACGAUCUAUUAGAAAUGACGAGAUGCAAUUGACAUGAAGCUUUGACGACAGUAAUGAUGAGAAAAGUUGGAUUGUAGUGAGAGCCCCACAUAACCCACUAGCUGCGCCGAUGAGCAUGCAACUUUAUGUAUUUUCCUGACGAGAAUGAUAAAAGAAUUUACAAUACUUCGUGUCGAUCGAUCAACUGAAACUAAAACCUCUAGAGCAUAAUAAUAUUAUUAAUCUGUAUCGGGAAGUAAGGUUCGGUUUUUGUUACCCUUAAUCAUAGUGUCUCGCAGCAGUACGGUAGUCUCUAAAAAUGCUCACCACGUUGUGACAGGUAAUUUACCCACAGUAUUUGAUGAUGUUACUCAGCUCAGGGUUUCAAACCCUAUCUGUAUUUUAACGGCAAGAAGAUGAUCGGUUAAAUCGUAGAAUAGGAAGUUAUUGUGCUGUGGCGAAAUACGAUACUGCAUGAUGGUUAAUAUGGCAUGCGGUAAUAAUGUGUAUCGUUGCACUUGCAGAUGUACAGCGGAGCCAUGCUGGCGACGGCGGCGCGGCUGGCGUGGGACCCCAGCACCUACACGUGGUUCCGCUUCCUGUGCGCGGCGCAGUACCGCGUGUCGUGCGCCUACGUGCUGGCGUGCGGCCUGUGGCUGGCCGCGCUCGUGUACCUCGCCGCCGCCACGCGCUGCCUGCGCCUGUACGCGGCGGGCGUGGCGUGCCUGGCGGCCAGCGAGGUGGCGUACGGCGCGUGGAUGGCGGCGUCGCUGGCGGCGUGGUGGCGCACGGCGCCGCAGGCCGCGCUGGCGCGCCACGGCAUGGACCUCAUGCACGACCUCAAGCCCGCGCUGCUGGCCGUCGACCGCUACCGCGACGUGGCGCGCCCGCUCUACGACAUGCUCGAGGAGGUGGAGCGCGAGGCGCCCAACAACGCCUUCGUCAUCGUCGUGUUCGGCAUCGUCGGCGCCGUGCUGCAGGUUGUAGCGUUCAUAAUGGCCGUGCGGAUGGCGCGGCGGGGCGGCGGCGGCGGCGGCGGCGGCGGCAGCAGCGCCGGCUCGCUGCCCGAGAAGGCGUGCGCCGACGAGGACAGCGACUGCGGCGCGCCCGCGGCGCCGCCCGGCUGGCGCAAACGCGCCAACCUCGGCAUGUACACCAUUCUCGACAAGAUUUUCUAGCAGGACGCAGAGGCCGCGGCGGAUGCGCGCUCGCCAUCGCCGCGGUCGCGCGCGCCCCGCCCCCG